AUAUUUAUCUUUGAGAAUAACAUCUAUUACUGUGCCCAUGUGGGGAAACAAGCCAUCCGAGUGGUCUCCACAGGAAAGGAAGGUGUUAUUUUCAAUGGGCUCAGCGACUGGCUCUAUGAAGAGGAGAUCUUGAAGACUCAUAUUGCUCAUUGGUGGUCUCCUGAUGGCACCAGGUUAGCAUAUGCAACAAUUAAUGCGUCCAGAGUCCCCACCAUGGAGAUCCCAGUAUACACUGGCAGCCUUUACCCUACUGUUAAAACGUAUCAUUAUCCAAAGGCUGGCAUGGAAAAUCCAACUAUUUCUUUGCACGUGAUUGGUCUGAACGGACCUACCCAUGACCUGGAAAUGACUCCCCCUGACGAUCAAAGAAUGAGGGACUACUACAUAACCAUGGUGAAAUGGGCAACCAGCACCAAGGUGGCGGUAAACUGGCUGAACAGGGCCCAGAACGUGUCCAUCCUGACGCUGUGCGAUGCGACCACGGGAGUCUGCACAAAGAAACAUGAAGAUGAAAGUGAAGGCUGGCUGCACAGACAGAAUGAAGAGCCAAUUUUUUCCAAGGACGGUCGGAAGUUUUUCUUUGUCCGAGCCAUUCCCCAGGGAGGACGCGGGAAGUUCUACCACAUCACCAUGUCGUCAUCACAGCCCAACAGUAGCAGUGAUAAUUUACAGGCUAUUACAUCUGGUGACUGGGAUGUGACAAAGAUAUUGGCAUACGAUGAAAAGAGGCAUAAAAUUUAUUUCCACAGCACAGAAGAUUUGCCAAGGAGGAGACAUUUAUACAGCGCAAGCACAAAUGGAAACUUCAACAGGCGAUGUCUGUCCUGUGAUCUGAUUGAAAACUGCACAUAUUUCAGUGCAUCCUUCAGUCACAAUCUGGAAUAUUUCCUACUGACAUGUGAAGGUCCCCGAGUCCCGAUGGUGACUGUUCACAACACAGCGGAUGCACAGAAAAUUUUUGAGCUGGAGGUAAAUGAAAAUGUGCAGCUGACUGUAAAUGACAGGCAAAUGCCUAAGGUAGAAUACAUGGAAAUCAAGAUAGACGAUUACAAAUUGCCAAUGCAGAUCCUAAAGCCAGCGACGUUUUCGGACACCGCACACUACCCCUUGCUUUUGGUUGUAGAUGGGACACCUGGCAGCCAGAUCGUAACAGAGAGAUUUGAGGUGACGUGGGAAAGCGUCAUGGUCAGCUCUCACAACGCCAUCGUGCUGAAGUUCGACGGCCGCGGGAGUGGCUUCCAAGGCACUAAGCUAUUGCACGAGGUGAAGAGGAGACUGGGCCUUUUGGAAGAGAAGGACCAGUUGGAAGCUGUCCGGACAAUGCUGAAGGAGCAUUACAUUGAUAAAAUGCGAGUCGGUGUGUUUGGGAAGGAUUACGGUGGCUACCUGAGCACUUACAUGCUUCCAGCCGGUGAAGAGAACCAGGUGUUCGCCUGUGGAGCUGCUCUUUCUCCGCUGACAGACUUCAAACUAUAUGCUUCAGCCUUUUCCGAAAGAUACUUGGGCUUGCAUGGGAUUGAUAACAGAGCAUACGAGAUCACCAAAUUAGCACACAGAGUCUCAUUACUGAAGGAACAGACAUUUUUGAUCAUUCAUGCUACUGCUGAUGAAAAAAUCCAUUUCCAGCAUACUGCGGACCUUAUCACACACCUAAUUAGGGCAAAGGCUAAUUACAGCUUGCAGAUUUACCCUGAUGAAAGCCAUUACUUCAGCAACGCAGCAUUGGAGCAGCAUUUAUACAACUCCAUCGUCAACUUCUUUGUGGCGUGUUUCCAAGUUCAGGACAAACUCCCAAUAGCCCCACUGAAAGAGGAGGAGGACGAUGAUUAACCCUACUUGUCCGUGCUAAGCACAAAGCAGAUGUCUCUAACAAUAUGCAACUGGAUCAUUUUCCUGAAGAAAGAGAUGUUACGUUGUUAGCAUGUAUUUAAA